AUAUUGUUUUCAUUUGAUACAUAUUCUCCCAAGUCAAAUUUAUAUUUCAGAGAGGAAAAAGAAACAGACACAAAUCCCUCCAAGAUGAUGCAUGACAGUAUGAAGUAGGUAUGAGCAAAGGAGUUGAGAUUUGAGAAUAUUUGAGAUUACCUCUCUAAUGGUAACUUCUACGGUGGAGGCCUCGAGUCCUGAAGAUGGCGAACGACUUACUUUCACUAGAGACAGACACUACGCCAUGCAUGGUGAGAUCUUGACGGUAGUUCUUGUCAUCAGCUUCGCCGUCUUCCUCUUGUUCCUCGUGUUGCUUCCUUGUCUGAAACGCCGUUACAGUCACCAGUCCGACCUGUCAGAAGAGGCUUCCUGGAGCGGGACACUCAAGCCCUCACCUGUUGUAAGCAAACAAUCCAUUUCCACAUAGCCAUAGGCCAAAUAACAAACAAACAUGUAUUGAAUAUCUGUUACAAAAGAGUAUCUGUUACAAAUUGUAGAAGCGUCACUGUUCGUCAUCAUAUGUCUCACUAAUGGAUAGAACAUUACAACAUUGUACCCAACUGCAAUUGCAGCUGAAAAAUAAGAUUUGUGGACAACAACAA